GUAAAACUUCAUGUCAACAUCCCGAACGACAACGAGCGAAGCAAAAUAAUACGCUUCGUCAUUCCUCGCACCAAAACAAAAGCAAUCAAUCGCAACCGAACAAGCCGAACUCACCCCCGCCACCAGCUACUCACGUCCCCUCUACACGAUCCAUGGAUCAGUCCAAACCCGACCCGAAUCCUCCGCCGCCGCAUCCGCCGCCGCAGCCGCAUCCGCCGCAGGGCUUCUACUACACUCCCCUGCCGCCCCAGCCCCACGACCAAUACUACGUCGCUCUGCCGCUCUACUAUCCCCGCCGGCGACGCCGCACCCUCACCUGCGUGCUCCUGUCCGUCUCGUCCCUCGUCCUGUUGGCCGCGCUCGCGUACGUCCUCUGGCCGUCGGACCCGCGCCUCAAGAUCGCGCGGCUCUGGCCGACCCGGAUCCGGAUCCGGGCCGUGCCCGUCCUGGUCGUGGACAUAUCCAUGCUGGCCACGAUCCGGGUCAGGAACGCCGACGCCUACUGGAUGGACUACGGCAGGCUGGACGUGGAGGUCGGGUACCGGGGGAGGACGCUGGGCCGCGUGCGGUCGGGCGGGGGUCACGUCAGGGCGUUCGGGUCGUCCUACGUGGACGCCGAGCUGGAGCUGAACGGGAUCGAGAUCCUGGCGGAGGCGGCGUUCUUGAUGGAGGACCUGGCCAAGGGGAGGGUGCCGUUUGAUGCCCUGACGGAGGUGGAGGGGCAGCUUGGGCUUUGGUUCUUCAGGUUCCCUUUGAAGGCGAAAGUAUCAUGUGAGGUAAUGGUCAAUACGAAGAACCAAACGAUCGUUCGUCAAAGCUGUUAUCCUGAGCGACUAGGAAGCUCAAUGGCAUAACGUUGCACAGCUAAUUCGGUGGUUAUUGUCUGCGAUACUCGCGCGAGAAAUGAUUUGGUGAGAAGAUCAAGAGGACAACAUGGUACAUCGUCAAUCCUGGUAAAAGCUACUUCCCCUAAGGCAGAAAAAACAGAGUGGUGGCGAAAGUGUAUUGGGUUGGGUUCUGGUAUGAUGAUCAAUAUGUGAGGAUCCAGUAGUAGUUAAAAGAAGUUGUGUGGAUGUAAAUAAUAUUUGAGUGGAAACUGUGUUAAAAGAGCUUAUACCCAUGUACAAAGUAACAAAGAUUACUACGCUCAACAAAAAUCUUACUUGAUUCAUAAUUAAGACGAGAUGUGUAUAGAGGUGUUUCUUUA